AUGUCGUCAUCCGACGCUGAAUUGAUUGUCGCCCACCAGGCCUGCCGGGAAGUCAUUUCGUACAUCAAGCCCAGCGAGAUCGUUGGUCCUUACGGCGGAAUAUCUAUUCGUGAGAAGUCUAACUAUCGUUUGGUAUCCAAUCCUUCUCCAAAAUGGGUUCUAGCCUCCACACUUCGAGGCGCGUCCCAAAACCAGAAGAAAUUGCAAGCAGGGGACUUGGAUGAAAAAUAUCAGCUGGAUCAUGUCACAGAAGUGCUCGUAUCACGCAUGACACUGCUUAUUGCUGCCCUCAGAGAGAAACCUUCGCUUUCAGAUGACCAACUGGCAGAGAAAUUCUCCUAUUGCACUAUUGAGGGUCUACCUAUUGGUAGGGCUUUGUUCCCAAGUUGUUCCAAACUUGGGGACGAUUUAUACGAUCUGCGGCGCAUCCGGAAUCUGACGGAGGCGAUGAGAGACCAGCUUGAACUAGGAAAUCAGUUUAACGAUCCGACAUGGGAGUCUUUGAAAACUAACUCUGGAAGGAUUCUUGCUAAUCAAGAGAAAAGGAAGCAAAAAAGAGAGGAGAAGGCAGGGUUUGAGAAAGCGACAAUUUGCCAAUAG